CAUCAGAAAAGUAAAUUUAGUCGCCGUUACACAAGCGCAUAUUAAAAAUUAUCGACUUUAAACCGAAUUUUAUUGAUACACAAUGGAAACGAGCGCGAUAUCGUAAAACCGCGAGAUAAAACCGAAAUAAUAAAAUUCAAUUAUUCAGGGUCGCGGUCCCGAUUAUCUCGAGAUUAUUAUGUAAAAAAGAAGCGCAUUGAAACAAUCACCUCUUUUGUCUCUGUUUAACUGAAUAAUGGGGCCACUCGUGGGUGCAAUAGACGAAGGCACCUCCAGCGCGAGGUUCAUCUUGUUCAAAGCCGGCACCACGGAGGUGGUGGCCUCCCACCAGCACCCCCUGUCCCAAAUAUGCCCACAGGAAGGAUGGGUCGAGCAGGACCCCAUGGAAAUUCUCGAAUGUGUCAGUAUUUGCAUCGAGAAAACCAUCGACAAGCUCGUCUCCGUUGGCGGAAGCGUUAAUGAUAUUGUGGCUGUAGGCAUCACAAACCAACGAGAAUCGACCGUAGUCUGGAAGAAGUCGACCGGUAAGCCGCUCUACAACUCCAUAGUGUGGCUGGACGUGCGCACCUCGUCAACGGUAGAUCAGCUGCUGGACAAAAUCCCGAACAAGACGAAGAACAAGAACUACCUGAAGCCGUUGUGCGGGUUGCCGAUCUCGCCGUACUUCAGCGCAGUAAAGCUGCGCUGGCUGUUGGACAACGUGCCGAGGAUCAAGAAGGCGGUGGCGGCGAACGACUGCUUGUUCGGCACCAUCGACAGCUGGUUAAUUUGGAACCUGACGGGGGGCGCGCAGGGCGGGUUACACCUCACUGACGUCACCAACGCCUCCCGCACGAUGCUGAUGAACAUCGACAGCCUCAAAUGGGACCCGGUGCUGCUAAACUUCUUCGGGGUUCCCCCAGCCAUACUGCCGAAGAUCAAAUCCAGCUCUGAGGUUUACGGGACGAUCCAGGUGGGGUCUCUCAGAGGAGUGCAACUGGCGGGGUGUGUGGGGGAUCAGCAGGGCGCCCUGCUGGGGCAACAGUGUCUGCAGAGGGGCCAAGCGAAGGCCACCUACGGCACCGGUUGUUUUUUACUCUACAACACCGGAACCGUCAAGGUGAGCAGUGCGCAUGGCCUGAUCACCACCGUGGCUUACCAGUUGGGCCCCAAGAGUCAGCCGGUGUACGCUUUGGAGGGCUCGGUAGCCAUCGCUGGGGCAGCACUGAACUGGCUCAAAGACAACAUGAGCCUGCUGCCAUCGUUCGGCGACGCCCAAACUAUCGCCGAGGCGGCCAUCUUGGCUGACGCGGGGGAAGUUUACUUCGUGCCGGCGUUUAGCGGCCUGUACGCCCCCUACUGGCAGCAAGAGGCACGAGGGGUGAUAAUCGGGAUAUCAGAGGAUACGCAGGGCUGCCACAUAGUGAAGGCGGCGCUGGACGCAGUUUGCUACCAGACCAGGGACAUCCUGGAGGCCAUGAACAAGGACUACGGCUCACACCUGACAACGUUGCAAGUAGAUGGCGGCAUGACGGCGAACUCGCUGCUGAUGCAACUGCAGGCGGAUCUGGCGGGGGUGAGGGUGGCGAAGCCCUCAAUGGCGGAGAGCACGGCCCUGGGGGCGGCGAUGGUGGCGGGGGCGGCCGUGGGCCACUGGGACCUCGCCCACCCCAUGGAGAUCCCGUGCGACUCGUGGGAGGUGCGAGUGGGCGAGGGCGAGCGGGACAUCCGCUACGCCAAGUGGAAGUUGGCGGUGGAGAGGGCGAUGGGGUGGGACGUUUUGUAGGUUAAGUGGAGGGAGACCAGUUCAGAGAAGAAUCCGAAAGAUAUUAAAUAUUUUUUUAGAAAGUU